AUGAGCGUAAACCCGAAAACCGGAAAAUUCGGAAAACCCGAUCCGAACGCUCAUGCCUGGGCUAAUACAGCCGUCUUCUGGGACAUAGAGGACUGCCCAAUACCUGGUGGUAUGGAUCCUCUUACGUUUCUUCAGAAUAUCAAAUUAGCUCUUGUGAAUCAUGGUUGUCAUGUUAACGUGUCAAUUAUGGCUUAUUGUGACAAGAAUAGGAGCCUUGAGGACUUCUCCCUCAGUGAUACCUCACCCAUCACCUUGGUACCCACAGGCGAUAAAUAUGCGAGAAUUAAGAAAAUGUUUAGGGAUAUUUUUUUAUGGGCACUGGCAAAUCCCCAAACAUCAAGUGUGAUGGUGGUGAUCACAAAAAGCAUGCCAUGGCACAUUUCAGAUGUUCCUUGUGAUGCUUUUGAGUCAAGAAAUUACAAUCUUGUCUUAGCAGAUCCUUAUGCCGUCGGAUAUGUAAACUCUGUAUGGCUUUCGACAAGCUUAUUUGGUGGAGGCAACCCUAUCGACCUAAAGGAAAGAAAGGAUCAUAGGUCGCCCAUAAUGCUUUAA